UCCAGUCAAGUCCAGUCAAGUCCAGUCAAGUCCAGUCCAUUCCAAUUCUUCGUAUCCACAAAUGAAGGACUGGGGCGGACUUCCUGUUUCGUUUCGAGUACAUCCUUCCCAAAGCGAAAGUGCAAGCCUCUUUCGUGCAAAAAAAAAUGUACUUACGUCCUUGUUAGAAAGCCAGGAGGAUUUUAGGAUGGAAAGUAGCAUCUCUGAUAGAUUCAUAUCCGAAAGGAUUCUGCACAAACUCAAAGAGACUUUACAAGCUCAGAGCGGACUUCUUGGGAACGCGGAUCUUUCUAUCCAAAUAUCAUGUAUGCAAGCAGCGACCUCAACGCUGCUCGAAGUUAAGAAUAUCCUCAGUGAUCUUAGUGAAAAGUCUCUCAGAAACGUAGCGGACAAUCUUGCAAGCACUGACGGCCAUUUCGUUUUCCAACGCUACUUAAUCAAGUGCUAUUACUUCAUGCAGUCAAAUGGAAACACAACCAAUAUGUUACAAGAAGGAAGUCGCCCUUCAGGUGUGCUGAUAUUUUGCCCUCUCUACGUUGCUGUAACAGAAGUACUUACUCCUCUGCUCGUGAGUGAAACAUUUGCUGGUAAUAUUGCCUCCACUAAGAUAUCUCAACUGUUUCUGAAAGAUCUGAACGUCUUAGUUUUGCCUGAUUCAGAGCCUGAGCAGUUUAAAAUGCUUCUCGCUAAUAUUCACUUUUUGUGGGAAUUGUCCAAAAAGCCUGCAGCCUUAGUCCAAUUUCGGAACUUCAGUGACACUGUAUUGAUUCUCAUCAAUGUGUUUGUCAGUUACCAAGGGCCCUUUGAACAACUGACAACAUUGGUGAAAUCAUUGGCUGUCAUGAUAGCAGCUGAAGUCGCAGAUGAGGAAACAAGUGUGUACCUACUAGCAGAAGAGAGCUGCCUUGAUUUUGUUGUCGAGAUCCUCACAAGGUCUGUAAGUGCUGGAGAUAAGUAUCUCAACUAUCAUGGUGUGUAUGCCAUAGACAUUGCUAAAUGUAUCCUAAAACUGAGCAGAUUUGAGGGUUUGCAAGAAGCGCUCUUAGCGAAAGGCGUGGUUGAGCUGCUUGUAUCAAUGAUUCAGAUUGGUGAUCCUUAUGACGAUGCCGCAGCAGCUAGUGCUUUGAACAAACUGGUGAGAAACCAAAAUAUUGUGGAUGUCCCAGUGUUGUUUCAAGGGUUAGCAUCAUAUUGUGAGAAGAACGUUUCUGCUACCAAAACUGAAGUCACUGCUUCAAAUGAUGACCAAAGAAUUCCAACUAGCAAGGAAAAGGAAGCAGUGGAAAGCCUCGCAGCAGGACAAGUUGGACAACUGGCUGGCAAGGACAAGAACGAUUCAAUUGUAGACAACAAGCAGGAACUCACCACUGAAGAGCAACAGCAAAGCAUAGAAGGAAACAUUGAAGACAAAACUGAAAAAUCCAGCAACGUGGUUUCAGACAGUGGCAAUGAAAGUAUGAUUAGUGAGGAGACCAUCACAUCAGAAAUUGACCCAAGCACAGUAAUUGCUUCUAGAAAAGGAAAAGACAAGGUCACAUCUCUGGAGAACAACUCUUGGAACAUCAAGGAAGAUGACAAGAGGAAAGAGGCUGAAAUUGCAGAGGUCCACUUGAAAGAAGAUGUCAAAGAGGAUAUUGGUACAACUAUAAAAAUCAUGCCAAGUCAUGAACCAAAUUAUGGGGAACGAGCUUGUGACCAAGAUUCACAAAUUUUAUGUCAUGAGACAGAUAACAGAGAAACAACAGAAAAGCCAGAAGAGAAAAAUUCACCCCGGGUGCCAUCUACCUCUGAGUCAGAAACUCCUUGCACAGAAGAUAGAAGCCAACUUCAUGAAGCAGAACCAAGGUUUUGCCAACAGGAAGAAAUUUCAGCAUAUAUGAAGAAACAGUUAGAGAAUAUGGGACAAGAAGAAAUCAAGUAUGUUAAGAUGCCACUGCAGCUUGAGCCAGACAUCAGCAAGCAGCCAGGCUCCGAGUACAAACAAUCUCCUGCUUCAAGGCCAUUCCAAUACCAAACAGAAGGGACUGACCCUGUAUCAGGACAGGACUUGUACCGUAUACACUUGAGCCUUAUAGAUCUUGGUGUGCACAACAUGUAUGACCAAAAAUUAGUUGGCCUUCUGAACGAAAUUUUAGAGGAGGCAAAACUGCGAGAAGAUGGUGUCUUUGAUAUAUUGAACAGUGUCCCUGAAGUGUACAGUUACAAAAUGCUGAGGACUGGCAGUAUGCAGAGACAGUUAAGGGUGGUUCCAGCAUACAAUGAUGAAGACCUGAAUGUCCCCUUUAUCCAUGUUCAGCCAGAGAUCGAUUACCACUUGGUACUAAAGAAGUUUGUUUUCCAAGUGGUGAAGGAUUGUGGUAGCGAAAUGGAUUUUCCAGGUUUCACACUCAUUGGGCCAUGGUGCGAUGCAAUUCCAACAGAACUUGAAGAAUGGAGUUUUUGCUUUGUGUCAAACAAAACCACUGAAGGGAAGAUGCAAUACUAUUUGUCUGCUGAAAGAAUGAAACAAAAUUUUCUCUGGCCAAUUUUGUUAUCAUUUGUACAGAUGAACUUUCAGUACAAGGCUCUUAUGGCAAAGGGAGAGAGCUUGGAGUGUGAAAACCUGAAGUGUCAUGGCAUCACUGUCCGAAAGAUUGAAGAAAAUGGUCCUGCUGUCACGGUCUACUAUCUUGACAAAUACCUCACUGUUGAUUAUGUGUUGUCUCUAAGGCACACCCAGUGGCCGUCAUGUGCAGCAUCAUGGCCAGAUCGACAAAGACAGUGGCCAGACAGUGACACUGUCAGAAAUAUCACAAAUUAUGGCUGUCAUCUGGUGCCUAAACAACCAGCAUGUCUCUCAGAAAGUGAUCCCCUGUAUGGCAUGUUUUUCCAAUACUCAUUUGCAAGAGCUGAAAAUGUCCUUCUUAACAAACUCAAUGAUGACAACCCAGUACUGACAGACUGCUUGCGCAUGCUGAAAUUUCUGUGUGAACUUCACUUUGACAGGCCGACACUGUUGAAGUCUUAUCACAUGCAGACCUUGGUGCUGUUGGCUGCUGAGAGGCUCCCACCAUCGCAUUGGAAAGCCGAACAUUUUGUGAAACAUCUGCUUGAUUUACUGGAUGAUUUAUUGCACCACCUUGUAGCUCACAAUCUACCGAACUAUUUCAUUCCUCAGCAAAAUCUCUUCCAGCAGUUUGCUCCUGAUUUCAUUUUGGAUGUUGCAGUCAGAGUUUCCAAAGUCAGAAGAGACCCUAUAAAGUAUUUGACUCCAAGUCAUGAUCCUGCACGAUUUGGGAUUUAUCUCAUUUGAAUCAUCCCACUGUUAGAUACUGAUGGUGUGCUGCAUUCAGAUAAUAGUCAAACUCGUGGCAAUUAUUUCUGAGAUCAACGUAUACACAUUAUACAGUUAUUUAUAAUGACUGACUUUGCAUGAAAGGAACUCAUAAUUUAAAAAUCUCUUCCAGAAUAUAAUUAUUGUUAAAAACUCAUCACUAUUAAUGUUAUUAUUGAAACCUACAUUUAAAAUAUUUUAAGCUUGUAAUUUGUGUCUUAAUAAUUUAUAGUAAAACUAUUGAGUGAUAAGAAUUUCUUAAAUUUAGCAUUAGGACGUAUUGUGAUCACAGGAUAUCAUAGAUCCUACCAUUUACUGCAUGCAACCUUAAUGGCACUUACAUAUCUUGAUCCAGGUGUCAAAUAAGUAAACAAAUUUAAUUUCAUGAUCUGAGUGGCUUUACAAUGAAAUACAGUAUUUAGAAUCUUUUAAGAAACUGGGUCAUUGCAAAAGUUGAAGUAAGGUAGAUAAUGAUGCAUCCCUUGGCCUUGUUGCAGAUAGAAUAAAGAUAUAUUUACCAAUAUGAAUUACAAUUAAGUUCUUUCUCCUUAAGAAUAAUAAUUAUACAUGUGAAGUGUUCUCUGUAAAUAAUUAUUGAGAAUUCUUUCCCCUUUUAAAUUAAUGAAAAUAACAGUAAAGGCUACAGAUUUCCAUUUGAUUGCUCUGAUUGCCGCAAUCAUUCUAGGAAGAAAAGUUCAGCGGCCAUUGCGAUCAUUAGUAUAGAAAUAGUUAGAGACAGCUUCCUCAGUGAUUGUAGUGAUCACAGUGAUCAUUGUCACAAUGAUCGAUGAGAUAAACUUAAAUUAUAUGUCCACAAUUGUAGCUAAUGUGACAGUUAAAGCGGUUGAGUGUCGUAAAACCAAAACCAAACCAAUUACUAACCAGUUAGACUAUGCAGUCAAUCUCAAACCAUAGUAAAACCAAGACCAAAACCUAAGUGACUGCCUAAUAACUUUCGACACUCAAUUGAAAACCAAUGCAAUAUGGAAACCAUUCAUCAGAGAUUGUAGUGAUCAUUGCAAUGGUAAAUAAAAAAGGAACCAGACUGCA